AAGCGGGUUCCCAUUUCUUUCUCUUCCGAUUCUCCCUGUUGUUUGUCUGCUGCUUUUGGUUGAGAAUUCUGAAGAAUUAUUUAAUUUAUAUUGGUUUUCGUAAUUUAUAGUUCCAAGAAAGCUCAACAGCGACGAUGAUGAAGGAUCUGGUGGAAUCCAUCGGCGUUAGGGCUCCUCCUCCUCCUCCGCCGCCGCCAUCAAUUUCCUCUUCGAAAAGGCCAAAAAACCGCGUCGGUGGUAGUUGCAGCGCCCGAUCUGGUUUCUGGAAACGAGUUUUCUCGCAGAACAACUCCAAUUUCGGACGAAGUGCGGUUCCGUUGCGGUUCAUGUACUUUCGAAAUGAUUCGUGGAUUAAUUUCUCGGUCGAUGUUGUAGAAACACUACGAGCCGGUUUCUUGGAGCGGAAACCGAUUAUCGAAGCAUCGAUUGACGGUGCGAAGUACAUAUUUGAUUUGAAGAGGAUGUUGCAGAUCGAAUUCUUGACGGGAAAUUGCCGUUCAAUUUCUUGGAUCGACGAAAGCGGCAAGUGUUUUUUCCCUAGCGAUUUUUUUAGCGAAGAAGAAUUAAUGGAAUCAGAUUGUAGCGAGUGGGAUGAUGAUACUAGUUGCAAUUAUAAAAAUAGGGAUAACAAUUGCAAUCCUAAGAUUGAAAUUGAGGUUAAGAUUGAUCGAAGUUCAAUCAAGAGAAAGAGUGAGGAGGAGCCUGAAGUGAGUUCCUCUUACAGGGCGGCCGUUGGAAGUGGGUCGAUUAAAUGUCAGCGUUUGGAGGAGGGAGGAGCUGCUAAAUGGCCUAAUACGAAGCAGUUAAAAGAAACAGAGAGCGCGUAUUUGCUCAUCAAGGAUCAUUUCUUGAUCGGGAUAAGGAAAGUUCAUGCUGAGGUUAGGAUUGCUGCAAUUCAUCAGUGUAAGCGGGAAUCGCAUUUCGACAAGGCUCGUCUCGAGGUUUUCCAAAAGCAGGUUGAGAUUACCAAGGCUGCAAGAGGCACUUCAAAUAUAGUUUAUGCAUGGUUUGGGGCUUCCGCCAAGGUCGCGGAAAGUGUUCUGGUCCAUGGCUUUGGGUUGCCUAGUAAGCUUCUUGCGACUGAUGUUUAUGGGAUUGGCGUUUAUUUAUCUCCCCUAGGUUUGCCACACUUGAGUGCAAAGCUGGCCGAUGCUGAUGAUAAUGGUCUAAAACAUCUUAUUCUGUGCCGGGUAAUAUUGGGGAAUGUUGAAAAAGUGGAAGCUGGAUCGGAACAGUAUCUCCCGUCUACUGUAGAUUUUGAUACUGGUUCUGAUGAUCCCAUGAACCCAAAGUGGUAUGUAGUAUGGUCAACGAAUGCAAACAUGCAUGUUCUUCCCGAGUCUGUUGUGAGUUUCAGACCUUCUACUAACAUGCAAGAUCAAGUGAGGCCGGCCAUGGGUGUUAAGUAUUCCCUUGAUAGAUUGUUUUCGAAGAUUAAGAACUCUCUUCCUCCCGUCAAAGUCCGGGAAAUAUUGAUGACUUACAGCACAUAUAAGGCUGGAACGAUAGCCAAGGAUGCUUUUGUAAGGAAAUUACGUGAGGUUGCUGGGGAUGAGGUUCUGAGAUCUGCUAUUCAGGAGAUCAAUGCUUCUGGAUGAUUUGGAAGUGUUGAAAUUGUUUGGGAUACCUAAUUUAUUUUGCCUAUACUAUUUGGAGAAGAAAAAAACCAAAUUUAAUUGUUACCUCACAACUAGUACAGGCAACCACUAAAACAGCAAAAUAUGUUCCUAGCGUUUAUUUAUUUAGGGGUUCAGUGUUCCUUUUUGUUUUACAGCUCAGUACAUGUAGCAAUCAUGAUU